CCAGAACCAACUCCCUAUGUAAGAUUUGGUGGCGAGAACCUCCCAGAUAACUUCAAACUUCCCGAUAUAGUUCUCGUCCGCCAAGAUGCUCUCAGUGCGAGUAAAUGCGUAGAGUCUGAUGAUUUCCUCGACUUCAGAAACAAGAAUGUACAAGGCAUGGAACAAGACGGCACCCUUCUCGGGAGAUUGCAUCUGGGACUUGCAUACCAGAAUCGUUUUAACAAUCUAUUCCGAUUUGCUGGCUACUGUCGUCCCGACACUGUCCCGCUCGACAUCCUGCCGCAGUGUAUGUGGGCCCUGCGAUGGCUAUCUCAGGCAGCUGAGGAGGCGUCGGAGGGACAACUCAGGGGCUGCAAAAAUCUACUUCCCAAACAAACAGGCGCUUUGCUUGGGCUAGCCCGUUAUGGUCUGAUUGUGAACUGUGAAGAUAAAUUGAUCAAGCACUUAUUGGGUGCUCCAGUGGAUCGACCAAAAGAGUCACUAGUGCACUUUCAGAGAAUGUUCGAUUUCCAUCUACGAUAUGGGCGCAAAGAUACGACUAACUUCGACAUGUUAUCUCAUGAUCCGGAUACAUAUGCAGAACACGGCGUGGCCCUCGCUCGCACGCUCGAGAACGAUGAAGAGGCUGAGUGCGUACUGCGGAAAACCUUGGCCGCCUUUGAGAAGCCAGGGGACCAAGCGCCACGCACACUCUACGCUAUCACAUGCCGUGUAUAUCUUGCACGUGUUCUCCGUCGUCGCGGAGUUGGGGGCGAUGCAGAGUCACAAUAUCUCGAGGCGCAUGUCGCCAAGUGGCUCAAGAAAAACCGCUUUCAGUUUUCAGCUUCCGAGCUGAGAGACCUGUUUGGCACCUCUGAUACGGAUUCCAGUACAGAUCCAAUUCUGCUGGCUAUUGGCGGAGUUGAAGCAUUGAAACGCCGUGGACUGUCGUUCAAGUCUCUCCAGCGAACGACGCGAAGAUGCCAGCAGUGUUCCAAAGGAGAUCCGGCAGUAAAGCUUUUUCAGUGUUCCAAAUGCAGAUACACAUUUUACUGUUCUAAAGCAUGUCAAAGGGGGCAUUGGCCUCUACACAAGCAAUUUUGCGCAGAACAUACCCAAACUCUCAUGCUUGCCGACCAGCUAAAGGCUUCCGGUGAUAUAGAGAAUAGCCAAUUAAUGUCGGACUGGAUUACGUGGCGCAACAUGGAGUUCCCUGGAGAAAUGAAAUCCGCCCGAGUCAACGCUUUGAAACUUCGUCGAGAUCCAAGCCGCGGGCGUAGUCAUAUUAUCAUGACUGAGGUUCGCCGAGUUGCGAGCAGUAAGCACCCGGCACGGCGCUUCGAAGCUGUCAAGAUGGGUGUUUUUUGUCUGGCAGAUGUGAAGCGAGACAGACCCCUUACUGGGCCUAGUGGAGAAGAAAUUGAGCAGAUGAUGGACGAGAUGCUAAAGGAAUAUGACCACGGUAGGGGACCGGCGAAGUAUUCUUACCCCUGGUUCGAGAUGUACUUUUCGGCUGACAACAGAAUCCCAUCAACAUUGACCAUAUCGGUCAUAACCAUUACUGAGCUAAGGGAGAUUCCAUACGAUCCAGACUGGCGUAAACAUGCAAACUACACAGGCGUUGUGCCACAACCACUCAGCGUUCUCAACUGGCGUGCGACAGAUGCGGAGAACGACAUUGAAUGUUAAGGAGUUUGGGGGGGGAGGGGGGGAAGCGAGUAAGUCCGGG